UUCUUCCCCCCAAUUAAUGUACACCUCUUUAAGCAUAAAGUACAACCAUCUAAAGCACAAAAAAUUCUUCAAAUAACCAUGGCUUUCAUUUCAAGAUUCCAUUUGGGUCUUCUUCUUUAACCAAUAAAACCGUACUCUCCAAAUUCUUUUCUUCCCCCACCUUAAAGUACACCUCUUUAAGCAUAAAGUACAACCAUCUAAAGCACAAAAAAUUCUUCAACAAACAUGGCUUUCAAUCCAAGAUUCAAUUUGGGUAUUCUUAUUUUCAUCAUAUGUUAUCCUUUUACCAUAUCUUUCAUCCUUAGCCCAUCACCACAACCACAACCACAACCAAAACCAAAACCUACACUAUAUGAUAUCCUACCAGAUUAUGGUCUGCCACGUGGCAUCUUUCCAGACACUGUGGAAUCUUAUAAUAUUGAUAAAGAUGGAAACUUUGAAGUUUUUUUGAAGACCCCAUGUUAUGUAGAGUUUGAAUAUUUGGUUUAUUAUGCUGAAAAGAUUAGUGGGAAGUUAAGUAUUGGUUCAAUUACUGAGUUAAAAGGGAUUGAAGUGAAAAGAUUCUUUUUUUGGUUUCAUGUUAAUGAAAUAAGAGUUGAUUUGCCACCACCUUCUGAUAGUGUUUACUUUCAGAUUGGUUUUGUUAAUAAGAAGCUUGAUGUGCAUCAGUUUGAGACUGUUCAUUCUUGUAUGAAUAGUGGAAUUUGGUUGAGGUCUUGUGGAGGAGGAUCAUUGAGACAAGUUCUACAGCUUCCAGCUCCAAUAAAUGAUAAUAUGCAAAUGCUUGUUACUGAGUAGAUGGGAAUGAAUAUGCAACUCAAGCUGAAAUAGCAGUGGCAAAAUGUAUUAUUUACUGCAUUUGUUGUGAAGAGAAAAAAAAUCAAAGACUGGUCUAUAUACAAGACAUAUAAUCUUAGAUUAAAGAUUCCACAUAUGUAUUAUUUGUAACAAGAUCUGGCAGCGUCAUUUUCUUUUAUUCAAAUUGUAAAGGACUUUAUUGAAUCAUUUC